UAACGUAGACGCCAUUUUAGUUUUACGGGGGAGGGAAAGAACAGAAUCGAAUGAACGCCGGGGAAUUGUAGCUUGCUAGAUAUUUUUCUUUUUUUAUUUCCACAAUCCUGAAACGACACACAAUCAGCACCGUGCACCUUAGUGAAACGACGCAAGAUGUCUGAAGACAUGGCAUCGGAUCAUGUUAAUGGGAAUGGUACAGAAGAACCGAUGGAUACGACUGCAGCAGUCACCCGCUCUGAACACUUCCAGACUUUAUUAGAUGCAGGUUUACCACAACAAGUUGCUGAAAAACUAGAUGACAUUUACAUAGAAGGACUGGUAGCGCACAGUGACCUAGAUGAAAGAGCAAUUGAAGCGUUGAAAGAAUUUAACGAAGAUGGCGCCUUGCAAGUCCUGCUGCAGUUUAGGGAAAGUGAUCUGUCACAUGUUCAGAACAAAAGUGCCUUUCUCUGUGGAGUUAUGAAGACUUACAGACAGAGGGAGAAGCAAGGGGCCAAAGUUUCAGAUGCCACAAAAGGACCAGAUGAAGCUAAAAUCAAAGCUCUGCUUGAUAGAACCAGCUACACGCUUGACGUAACAACAGGUCAGAGGAAAUACGGUGACCCACCACCAGAGUCGGUGUAUUCAGGGGCGCAGCCCACUGUUGGAACAGAGAUAUUUGUAGGGAAGAUUCCACGAGACCUGUUUGAGGAUGAGCUGGUGCCUCUCUUUGAGAAGGCGGGGCCUAUCUGGGAUCUGAGGCUGAUGAUGGACCCCCUCAGCGGCCUCAACAGAGGCUACGCUUUUGUCACUUUCUGCACUAAAGAGGCUGCACAGGAGGCGGUGAAACUUUGUAAUAAUAACGAAAUUCGACCUGGAAAGCACAUUGGAGUUUGUAUUUCAGUAGCCAAUAACAGGCUAUUUGUCGGCUCCAUCCCGAAGAGUAAAACAAAAGAGCAGAUUGUGGAGGAAUUUGCUAAAGUUACAGAGGGACUUAAUGAUGUCAUACUGUACCAUCAACCCGACGACAAGAAAAAGAACAGAGGUUUUUGCUUUCUGGAAUACGAAGACCAUAAAACUGCUGCCCAGGCCCGCCGUAGGCUCAUGAGUGGCAAAGUGAAGGUGUGGGGGAACGUGGUCACGGUGGAAUGGGCUGACCCCAUAGAGGACCCAGAUCCAGACGUCAUGGCCAAGGUCAAAGUUUUGUUUGUCCGCAACCUCGCGAACAGUGUUACUGAAGAAAUACUUGAACAAACCUUCAGCCAGUUUGGGAAGCUGGAGCGAGUGAAGAAACUGAAAGAUUAUGCCUUUAUUCACUUUGAGGAAAGGGAUGGUGCAGUCAAGGCAUUAGAUGAAAUGAAUGGUAAAGAUCUGGAGGGAGAACACAUAGAAAUAGUGUUUGCCAAGCCCCCUGAUCAGAAAAGGAAGGAACGUAAAGCCCAGAGACAAGCAGCCAAAGCACCAACAUAUGAAGAUUACUAUUACUAUGGUCCUCCUCACAUGCCUCCUCCCUCCAGGGGGCGUGGUAGAGGUGGUGGGAGGGGCGGGUACUCUUACCCCCCCGACUACUACGGCUAUGAGGAUUACCAUGACUACUAUGGGUAUGAUUAUCACAACUACCGCGGUGGAUACGAGGAUCCCUACUACAGCUACGAUGACUUUCAGGCCCCCAGCAGAGGGAGAGGGGGCAGAGUGUCCCGGGGGGGCUCCUCAGGCCGGGGUCGGGGCGUGGGUGCUCCCCGUGGCAGGGCCAGCUUCUCCCAGCGAGGAGGCGGAGGGGGUCCAGGAGCAGGCAGAGGCGUGCGAGGUGCCAGAGGAGGCGUGCAGCCCAGAGGCCGCGGGCAGGGAAAAGGGGUCGAAGAUGGUCCUGAACUGUCCCUAUGAAGACUGGCCUGCUCUAUGGGGUUACACUGCAAGCUGCCAAUGGAUGCCAUGGUAAGGUCAACCCAAUGAUCUAACUGUAUCACCAGCCUUACAAAAGCAUAUUUCCCAAACUGCCACAUAAAGAUAAUCAAGUAAGAAAAAUUAAAUUGUUUGGUUGAACAUAUGUUUUUAUAAGCUUGCCACCUCCCCAAAGAUAAUGCCAUUUUGAGACGAUGGAAUAAUGUGAAAAAGGUUAAAGGUGAACCCACCCUGAAAGUAAAUGUAAAUGUAUUUUGCACUUUGUCUAAGUUUGGAGUGGCUCCAAGGAGCUUGAUGCUAAUGUAUGUUUUUGUUCUAACUGCAGUGUUAGCAUUGUGGUCAUGACUUGGUUUAAACAUUGUUUAUGACUGGUUUAACCACCUGUCAUAGAGGGUCAGGCAUUCCUGGAAGCGGUUGGUUAUCUACCUCAGUACAGAGGAUUCAACUGCUCUGUCUGUACUGUACAUAAAUAAGGAAACUGAUGAUAGCGGGGCUUUCAAACAAAUAUGCACAAGAGAAACGGCAGUCUUCUCAGAGCUUAUUUUAGUUGUGCCUGCCGUUUGUCUGGCACAGCAACAGGCAAACUGGGCAUGUUAACUUCUCUCAAAAUGAGCCCGAACAAGCCUUUUUGUCGUCCAGUUUUAAAUGAGUUAGCUACAUGUCUUUAGAUUAUGUAGUGGUUGGAUGAUAAGUUUAGGAACAUGUUACUUUUGUAAAUGCUUGAACACCAGGAAACACCAGUUAGUUUUUUUUUUUUUUUUUUUUUUUUUUUUUUUUUAAACAUGUCAUUUAGAAGCUUUGCAGUGUGAACACUUUCCUUAACAGGGAGGGAUGAGGCGUAACUUUUGUAUGUGGUAAAAUCCCCCUUGGACUGAUUGCAUACACAAAAACGUUUGAAAGCCAUCUGCCAAUUGUGUACAACUGAAAGAACAUUUGCCUAAUCAUGCACAACAUGAAGGAUCAAUGACAUCCAAGCUGCCUUUUUGUCACAUUUGACAUAUGUGACAAGUGUCUUGAAUCUGCAUCAUGUUGAGUAUAUGAUUACUAGCUGGAGAUGACUGGGAUUGUCCAGUACAAAAGGGAUUCUUGUAUCUUCCUCUAUGGAUUGUGGAAGUACAGUAGACUGAUAAAGUCAAUCAGGUUUUGUACACAGCAGACUCCCUCUAAGUCUAUAUCACCACAGACUACUUUGAAAAGAUGUUACCAGUUAUGAAAAAACUGUUGGUAUGCUAACAAGUGUUUUUGCAUACUUGCAAAUUGUUUUAUACUGUAUAGUGAGGCGAGUGUAACUUAUUUUUUUAAUAAAGUUCUUGACUUUC